ACUCUCCUGGAAACCCACCCAGAACAUCCACCUUCUAACACCAUGGUCAGCUCCUGUUGUGGUUCCGUUUGCUCUGACCAGGGCUGUGGCCUGGAGACCUGCUGCCGCCCCUGCUGCUGCCAGACCACCUGCUGCAGGACCACCUGCUGCCGCCCCAGCUGCUGUGUGUCCAGCUGCUGCAGACCCCAAUGCUGCCAGUCUGUAUGCUGCCAGCCAACCUGCUGCCGCCCCAGUUGCUGCAUCUCCAGUUGCUGCCGCCCCUCUUGCUGUGAAUCCAGUUGCUGCCGCCCCAGCUGCUGCCAGACCAGCUGCUGCAGGACCACCUGCUGCCGACCCAGCUGCUGCAUCUCCAGCUGUUGCAGACCCCAGUGCCACCAGUCUGUGUGCUGCCAGCCCACCUGCUGUAACUGCUGCCGUCCCAGCUGCUGUCAGACCACCUGCUGCAGGACCACCUGCUACCGCCCCAGCUGCUGCAUCUCCAGUUGCUGCCGGCCCAGCUGCUGUGUGCCCAGCUGCUGCAGACCCCAGUGCUGUCAGUCUGUGUGCUGCCAGCCCACCUGCUGCCGCCCCAGCUGCUGCAUCUCCAGCUGCUGCCGCCCCUCUUGCUGGGAAUCCAGCUGCUGUCACCCCUCUUGCUGGAAAUCCAGCUGCUGCCGCCCAUGCUGCUGCCUGCGUCCAGUCUGUGGCCAAGUCUCCUGCCACACCACUUGCUAUCGUCCAACCUGUGUCAUCUCCACCUGCCCCCACCCCAUGCCCUGUGCCUCCUCUUGCUGCUAAAUCUUUGCUUUGAACACACCACUUCCUUAUCACCUCCUUUCCUACAGAUGAAGGCUCUGCUUUAAAACAUGUGGAGUGCUCAAGGGAAUGGAUCUGUGUACCAUAAGCAAACCUCAUCCUUAGAAAUUCUGUAUUUGCGCUCUACCUUUUGUCCAAACUCCCUGCCUUCCAAAUGAAUUCAUUGAGAGUCUCCUAAUAAAUCUACAAAUUUCUCUCCAACAUCCCCCCACCUCUUUGACUUCAGGAUAUUUAUUCAUCAUGCCUAAAGAAUUCGAAGAUUGCCUCCAUCAUUUGUAGGGCCACAGAUCUUAACGCCCCCGACCUCGAAGUCCGGGGAAGUCUCUUAAAGUCUUUUGCAAAGAUUUUUGUACCUUGUUGUUUCCAUGUACCAAAAUAAACCUUCAUUCUAUUGGCACU